AUGAAGACCAUCGGCACAGCCGCAGCUGCAGCCGCAGCAACAGCACCGGACUCAGGCAACGGCAACGGCAACGGCCUCACCACACAAAAUUUCGCGGAUUCGCGAACAAAACACCACCAGCACACCAGAGCUACUCCUGGCCCUGCUGCGGCUGUGCCGGCGGCAUCAGGCUUUGCCGUCAGCGGCGCCGCCUACCCCUACCGGUUUCACACCGCGGGAACCUCGUCACCCACCGGCGGCGACGGCGGCGACGGCGGCGGCGGCGGCGACGUGAAACUCCUCACCAUAAGUACGGACGAUCCGAUAGUGACCCACGUCACGGCGGCGUUGGACUUCAACUCCAAGGCCAUCCCCGCCGCUGCCGCGGCGACGCCGCCGCCGCCGCCAUUGACGCCUCCGUCACAACUCUUUCCUGCCCGCUUAAGUCCAGACUCCGCCACCGCCACUCGAUCCUCCGAUCCGGGCAUGAUCCAACGACCGCCGCACAACGGGCAUCAUACCUCCCAGUCCGGCGUGCCGUCGCGGUUUGUGCGCAACGUAAGCAUAUCGGUGGCGGGACAGGCGUCUGCGGUGGAGCCACCGCCGCCGCCGCCGCCGCCGCCGUUGCCUGGUUCUGGAGCUACGUCCGGCGGCAGCCCAGCUCUCCUCAGAUCCGGUUCUUUCGGAUCGGACGAGGCCGCUUCCGACACCGGUCGUACGAUCUCGCGUCCGGGACAUGGCGCCGUGAGCGCCAGCGGCAGUAUUGCGGGCAUGGCGGGAAGCGGCGGCGGCGGGGGCGAUACGGCAAUCCUGGCGUCCGGAGCUGGAGAGCGCGGCAGCGGCGCAGCGGCUUCGCCGUCAUUCCGGCGGCAGCAAAGCGGCGGCGGCAGCGUUGCGGCUUCACCAUCGUUCCGGCGGCAGCAAAGCGGCGGCGGCGGGGCCCUAAGUGUCACCUUCAGUACCCGGGCCUCCGUUACCAGCUCCAACGGCAGCCAUGUACUGCCGCCGUACGGCGGCGGCGAAGAUUCGGGAUCCCAGGGCGGUCGUUUGUUGCAUGCAGCGCACGAAAGGGCCAGCGCCGGCGGCGGGAGCGGCGGAAGCGGGCGGCGCCGCGGCGGCGGAUGGCUGCGGGGCUUAGGUUCCUGCUUUGGCGGAGGUUCCUCGGAUCGACUGGUUGGGUACCACGGCGAGGACGACUUGGCUGUCGUGGCCAUGCAGCGUCGGGAGAACCUGCAGCACCAGCGCAAGGGGGGCGGGAGCUCCAGGCGGCUGUCCAAGGCCAUGUCAGACACCUUCAUGGUCAGGAGCUCAAGACCGAUCGCAGCAACAGCUGCAGCAGCUGCGGUCGCGAAUGGCGGCGGUGGCGCCUCCGGGCCAGGUGCUGGCAGUAGCCGCAAGUUGCAGCCCAUGCUGUCUCUGCAGCCCCAGAAAUCCAUCCUCAAGUCCAGCAGCAGCCUAAAGCGCCGGGCGGGGGAUGGCGAGCCGGCAUUGGUGAAGCGGAAAAGCUCUUACGGUGACGGAGGCGGCGGCGGUGGCAGCGUCGUUGGCGGACGACCCACCAUCACAAGUCCAGUCCGGCCUGACACUUCCAGUCCAAAUAAGUCCUUCCGCGGCGGCAACGGUUCCCCGUUGGGAGGUGGCUCCGAAACCGGUUCACCGGCUAACGGCAGCGGCAGCGGUAGCAUCGGCAAGGCCCUGCUUCGCAAGUCCAGGUCACUUCAGUUAACUACACAUGCACGGCUUGGCGGCGGAAGCCUAGGUACGACUGGACUGGCGGCGGCGGCGGGGGGAAUGCUGGAAUCAGGCACCGUCGGCAGAGCGGCCCCGCCGGUGGCAAUUUCGGCAUCGGGCGUGCCGCCCGCUGCCAGCAGCUGCGGCGGCGGUGACGUCGCCGGUAACGGUGGCGAGGUCUUCGCCAGCCGGCCUUCGCUCGUACAAAGGAUGAUCACCCGACAGCUCUCUAGAGGGGCCAGCGGCGGCGGCGGCGGUGGUCCUGGAGGUACUCGCAGCAGCAGCCCUGGGGCCGCUGGGGGCAGCGGAGCCGGGAAUUCCCCGAUGGGCCGGGUGACGUCACGAAAUGCCGUACUGCCGCUGCCAUCCCUUCAAGUGGGCUUUGGGGGCGCCAGCGACCGCGGCGCUGAGGAAGGAGAGUCCGUGCCGCCGCCGCCGCCGCCGCCGCCGCUGUCGUCACAAACGCCGCGGAGCCUAGCUUCCUUCCGGCGUUCAGCGGCAGGCGAGUCAGCGUCGGCGGCAGGAUCGGAAGCUCAGACGCCGUCAUACCCGUCGUCGCCGUCGUACCAACAGGAAUCCUUGCCGCGGCGCCGCCCGGCGAGCAGGACGAGCAAGCUGGCGGCCGGCGUCGGCAUCCAGCAGCUGUCGGAGGAAGGUGCUGCUGAUUGCUUUGACAAUCCGUUGUACAUCAAAGCGGAAAGGAUGACGGCGCCCGCCAGGCAGCUUGCUGGACUGAUCGGAGCGCUGACGUCGGCGUCGGCGGAGCUGUCGUACCCGUCAUCGCCGAUGGGUGUCGGCGUAAGCGAUCGGCGGAGGCGAGUCACGGUAGGGGGCCUCCAGAUCGCGACUAAGACAAACGGCAGUGACGUUGACGGCGGCGGCGGCGGCGGCGGCGGUGGCGGCGACGGCGUUAGCGCACCGGCGCCAUUACUGGGUAACUUGCCGGCCGGUUCUGAGUCCGGCCGUUGGCGCCUGCGCGUGAUGCACGCCAUGAAGGAUCGCGCGGAGCUGCCCCCCGAAGGCCUUACGUCGCCACAGCCAGAAGGCGACAGCGGCGGCGCUGUCGCUACAGCCACCACUGGAGGUGCACUGGACGCACCCGAGGACUCGCAGAUUCCAUCAUCACGCUUCCGCCUGACGAAGUUCUACAGCCUUGGCCGUACCGUACAUCGCCCGUCGGACAGCUCCGAAGGACCGCUUGUACUACCAUUACGGCAGCAGCGCCCGGCGCUGGCGGCGGCAGCGGUGGCGAGCGCGCAACUCACAGCCGCCGCGCUGCGCGCAUCGGCGGAGGCAGCGCUGGACCAUGCGCGGCACGUAAGCUGUAACGGAGGCGGCACCCCGAGCAUCAUCACACCGGCACCCGCCGCUACCGCCUCCGCGGCCGCGGCUGUUGCGGCCGCCGCCGGCACCGGCUUCAAUGACGCGGCCCCAACCUUGACGGCGGCGGCGCCGCGCGACAGCCUGGAAUCCUGGGUGCGAAUUCACAGCCGCCGGUGCGCCGCCGACAGGGGUACGGCACUAGGGCCGUUGGAUCCGUUGGACGAGCUGUCGGAGGUGACGAAGUUUGGAGCGCCGCCUCCGCCUCCGCCUCUGUCGCAGCCAGCGGCGGCUGAAACCGCUGGUGAGCCUGGGCCGCUGUCGAUGCCGUACCUGCGGGGCGCCGUACCACAGUCGCUGCAGCGCGGCGGCGCACGCCUGAGUCCCGAACCGGCGGCGGUCCAAAUGUGGUUGCACCGUAACGACCGCUUCCUGGUUCCGGAGCAAGAAGAGACCUCGGAGGCCCCACAGCUGCCGCUGCGGCAGCAUGGCGGCCUGCGCUCCAUUCUGGGGGCCCCUCAUACAAUCACUCCGCAUGAGCGACGUGCAUUUCCAGUUCGAAUCUUUGGUAUGGUGUCUGAGCGCAUCUUCGAUAUGAAGAAAGGCUGGAUGGCUUUGGAGUCGUGGGACAAUUGUGAAGGCCGGCUGGGCUGGGUAUCGGGUUGCCGCGACGCGAUGCGAUGCGAUGCUGAGUGGUGGCGCGGCAGUGCACCUCACAAGUCCUCGCCCUCGCCUUCACAUUCCACCUCCACGGCCCCAUCCUUCUUACCCUACAGCAACAACAGCAACAACAAGAACAACGACGCGACAUCAUCAUCACCAGCAGCAGCAGCAGGAGCAGGCGCAGUACUACCAGCAUCGUCCCCCCAUCAGAAACAUCGGCACCAGCGGCACCGCAUUCUCAACCUCCCAUUUCCACCUACCGACACACGCAACAUAGACAUGCCUUGCCCAGUGCCCGCGGGCCACGUGUCUCCCUUCAGCAACGAUUGGGAGACGCUGGUUAGCGGAGAAUGCCGUACCACUGAAUGGCCGCAGAUCCAGCACGGCGGCAUUCCAACUAGUGCAGCUUGCGGUGGUGGCAGCGGCGGCCAAACAAACACCUGUACAAGCACGAAACAACAGCCGUUGCUGCUGCGGCUGCCUCACUUCCAGCAACAGAGCCGCGUCUGCAAAGCUUCAUAUCAAGGCUCCGAUAAAGCUGCCGAAACGCUAACCCAUCGAAACGCAGCAGCAGCAAUGGCGGCGCAGCAGCCACGCUCGCAGCCAUCACUAUCAAGGGUGGCGGCGGCGGCGGUGCUGCCGGCCCUGUUGGUCCUGCUGGCCUUGGGAGGCCCGGCGGCGCCGCGUCUCGUGUACGGCAGCGUUUAUACUGGUACGGAUUUCCCAUUUGAAAACUGCGUGCAAGAGCAACGGAAUUCCCCGUACUAUGCUACGCUGUACAGCUACCGGGAGAACCGGCUGUACAACACGUCGACAAUCUGUAUUCAAGUCCGAGUGCUGAGCACAUGCACACCCGGCAAGUACCGGUGUUGUACGACGGGAAUCAACAAGUUGAAAGUGUUCCCAGCCCUCAAGUGCCGCGGCUCCGUCGCCAGCGCGCUCGUCAACGGCAACCUUAUCAUGUCGUACUAUUGGGAGGAGCACAGCGGGUAUGACAUUCUCAAGGUGACGCCGCUGUCACAGUGGUUAUCAACCCCCGAGAAGGCUGACGGCGCAAUUCUGUGCCUCAAUCUCCAAGCGCCCUGCUGGCAGGCUAGCACGUUUUCGUACAAUUCACAGCUUCUGGAGUACGCGCUGUACGACAAGAAGGCCAACAAUUACGAAUGCUGCCCAACGGGCACCGUACUGUUCUCCGCGUCCGAGCCUGGGUUCCCCUCCCGCCCGCCGCCGUCCCGCAUGCCGCCCAUGCCCCCGGACGUGCCCAGUGAGCCGGUGGCGGCCUCACCACCCCCAAAAGUUAGGAAGCCCAAGCCGCCGCCUGCCCUCCCACCCUCACCGCCUCCAUCACCCUCCCCACCGCCGCCGAAGCGCGUGUCGCCGCCACCGCCACUGCAACGUUCCCCGCCGCCGCCGACCCCCCUGCCGUUGUCGCCGCUGUUGCCGCCACCGUCGAAAACGAAAAGGCCGCCGCCGCCGCCGCCGCUGCCGUCAGCCUCGCCGCCGCCGCCGCCGCGUGGCUGCGCCGUCACCGUCAUUGUGCACCGCUCCGCUGCUUCAACCCAGGGGGCCUUCACAAAUGACGUCUGCACACUGUACGGCACCCUGGUGACGCUGCCGCUGUACGACGGUACGGCAUCGCCACAGGCGACGUACACAUGUGCGAUUUCUGACCCCAGCAACAUGGCUUUGAACAUCACCCUGGCGACGGCGGAGGACGCCCGGGCGCUGCUGAGUAUAUACGGUGAUGCCGUACAGCGUCGAAACAUCGCGGCCUUACUGGGUCUGACUGACUGCAGCAACGACUUUGCGACACUGUCGACUAGCUGCAUGCAGGACUUGGCGCCCGUGACGGGAGCUACCUUGAACACGUGGAUUGGCCUUACGAUACGUACGGAUCAAGGCGCGGCCAUUCCGGGGUACAACACCGACGGCUCGAGGCUGUCAUUCAUCCCGGACGAUUUUCAGUACGACAGGGCGCGGUCUGCAGUACGGUACUACAUGUUGUCCUGCAACGCCGCCACGUCAUCCUGUGGCUUCCGCUACAGCCCUGGCGGCGCGACGGAUGUACAGCCGUCGUACAUUUGCGAGUUUCUGUAA